AUGGACCAGACCAAGGUGAAAGCCACGUCUACCUGCCCAACAAGCUGCGCUAAGGGGGCUGGAUAUGAUCACACACUGCCACUCUGUGGUGGGAUGUGGGAAUUGAUUUGGCUGGAUUCAAGCGCUCAUGUAUAGACGUGGUACAGUUGCAGUGUGUUUAUUUGUGUCACAGUGACCUGAUUAAAAAUGUUACAUUACAGUUGUAUAUUAUUGACUAUUUUAGGUCAUUGUGUCUGGAUACUAAAAAGGUAAAUGUGUAUUGUCUGAAGUUUCAUUGGUCUCCGGGUAGUAUCGCCUGGUCUAGUUCCAUGGAAGUUAUUGCAGACUUUAAAUUCCAUAGAGGCUAUGGUAUCAUCCUCAAACAAAUCCUGUGGGAGUGCAUUUAGACACUGUGACAUACAGACACAGGCUGCUAGUAAUUGUGCAUCCAGCUUGGUGUGCCCACUGGGGCAGCAGGCAACCUUGUGGUUAGAGAAGCGGGCCAGCAACCAGAGAGUUGCCGGUUUGAAUCCCAGCUCAGACAGGACAAUCUGGUGCUGAGUGAGCUGGCAACCGGAGGGUUGCUGGCAUCAGCCUAGAUACCAUUGCCUGCUAUUGUGCCCUUGAGCAAGGCACUUAACAUCCUAUAAUUGCUCCAGGGGUGCUGCACUGCAGCAUGAUUUCAUCCAUCCCCUCUGGGUGUGUGUCGGGGGUUGGGUUGUGAGCACAAAGACACAUUUCCAUUCUCUGUAAAUUAAUGGAUAAUAAAGUACUGUACAUCUUAUCUUAGUCAAAGGUAAUGCCUCCACUCUGUAGCCGCUUGCUACAGACCCCCCUCAGCCCCCAAGCUGUGCCCUGGACACCAUAUGUGAAUUGAUUGCCCCCCAUUUAUCCUCAGAGUUCGUACUGCUUGGUGACCUAAAUUGGGAUAUGCUUAACACCCCGGCCAUCCUACAAUCCAAAUUAGAUGCCCUCAAUCUCACGCAAAUUAUCAACGAACCUACUAGGUACAACCCUAAAUCCGUAAACAUGGGCACCCUCAUAGAUAUCAUCCUGACUAACUUACCCUCUAAAUACACCUCCGCUGUCUUCAACCAGGAUCUCAGCGAUCACUGCCUUAUUGCCUGCGUCCGUAACGGGUCCGCGGUCAAACGACCACCCCUCAUCACUGUCAAACGCUCCCUAAAACACUUUAGCGAGCAGGCCUUCCUAAUUGACCUGGCCCAGGUAUCCUGGAUGGAUAUCGAUCUCAUUCCGUCAGUAGAGGAUGCCUGGUUGUUCUUUAAAAGUGCUUUCCUCUCAAUCUUAAAUAAACAUGCCCCAUUCAAAAAAUACAGAACUAAGAACAGAUAUAGCCCCGGGUUCUCCUCAGACUUGACUGCCCUUGACCAGCACAAAAACAUCCUGUGGCGUACUGCAUUAGCAUCGAAUAGCCCCCGCGAUAUGCAACUUUUCAGGGAAGUUAGGAACCAAUAUACACAAGCAGUUAGGAAAGCAAAGGCUAGCUUUUUCAAACAGAAAUGUGCAUCCUGUAGCACUAACUCCAAAAGGUUUUCGUACACUGUGAAGUCCAUGGAGAAUAAGAGCACCUCCUCCCAGCUUCCCACUGCACCGAUAAAUCUACAAUAAUCGAGAAUUUCAACAAGCAUUUUGCUACGGCUGGCCAUGCUUUCCACCUGGCUACCACUACCCCGGCCACCAGCUCUGCACCCUCUGUGCAACUUGCCCAUGCCCCCCCCCCCUGCUUCUCUUUCACACAAAUUCAGACAGCUGAUGUUCUGAAAGAGCUGCAAAAUCUGGACCCCUACAAAUCAUCUGGGCUUGACAAUCUGGACCCUUUCUUUCUAAAACUAGCCGCCGAAAUUGUCGCAACCCCUAUUACUAGCCUGUUCAACCUCUAUUUCGUAACGUCUGAGAUCCCCAGAGAUUGGAAAGCUGCCGCGGUCAUCCCCCUCUUCAAAGGGGGUGACACUCUAGAUCCAAACUGUUACAGACCUAUAUCCAUCCUGCCCUGCCUUUCGAACGUUUUUGAAAGCCAAGUUAACAAACAGAUUAACGACCAUUUCGAAUCCCACCGUACCUUCUCUGCUAUGCAAUCCGGUUUCCGAGCUGGUCAUGGGUGCACCUCAGCCACGCUCAAGGUCCUAAACGAUAUUAUAACCGUGAUCGAUAAUAGACAGUACUGUGCAGCCGUCUUCAUCGACCUGGCCAAGGCUUUCGACUCUGUCAACCACUGCAUUCUUAUUGGCAGACUAAAUAGCCUUGGUUUCUCAAAUGACUGCCUCGCCUGGUUCACCAACUACUUCUCAGAUAUAGUUCAAUGUGUCAAAUCGGAGGGCCUGUUGUCUGGACCUAUGGCAGUCUCUAUGGGGGUGCCACAGGGUUCAAUUCUUGGGCCGACUCUUUUCUCCAUGUAUAUCAAUGAUGUCGCUCUUGCUGCUGGUGACUGUCAGAUCCACCUCUACACAGACGACACAAUUUUGUAUACAUCUGGCCCUUCAUUGGACACUGUGUUAACAAACCUCCAAACAAGCUUCAAUGCCAUGCAACACUCCUUCAGUAGCCUCCAACUGCACUUAAACACUAGUAAAACUAAAUGCAUGCUCUUCAAUCGAACGCUGCUGGCACCCGCCCACCCGACUAGAAUCUCAGCAACUUGGAUGUAGUCUAUCACAGUGCCAUCCGUUUUGUCACCAAAGCCCCUUAUACUACCCACCACUGUGACCUGUACGCUCUUGUUGGCUGGUCCUCACUACAUAUUCGUCGCCAAACCCACUGGGUCCAGGCCAUCUAUAAAUCACUGCUAGGCAAAUCCCCGCCUUAUUUUAGCUCAUUGGUCACCAUAGCAACACCCACCAGUAGUAUGUGCUCCAGCAGGUAUAUCUCACUGGUCAUCCCCAAAGCCAACACCUCUGCUGCCAAUGACUGGAACGAAUUGCAAAUAUCUCUGAAGCUGGAGACUCUUAUCUCCCUCACUAACUUUAAGCAUCAGUUGUCAGAGCACCUUACCAAUCACUGCACCUGUACACAGCCCAUCUGAAAUUAGCCCACCCAACUACCUCAUCCCCAUAUUGUUAUUUAUUUUGCUCAUUUGCACCCCAGUAUCUCUAUUUGCACAUCAUCUCUUGCACAUCUAUCAUUCCAGUGUUAAUACUAAUUGUAAUUAUUUUGCCCUAUGGCCUAUUUAUUGCCUUACCUCCAUAACUUGCUACAUUUGCACGCACUGUAUAUAUAUUUCUGUUGUAUUUUUGACUUUAUGUUUUGUUUUACCCCAUAUGUAACUCUGUGUUGUUGUUUUUAUCGCACUGCUUUGCUUUAUCUUGGCCAGGUCGCAGUUGUAAAUGAGAACUUGUUCUCAACUGGCUUACUUGGUUAAAUAAAUGUUAAAUAAAUAAAAAAAUUAACUUGGGUGCCUGUUCUGUGAGUGGUGAUAUACCAGUUUCGUCAUUUGGUCAGGAAAAACUCCUACCUCCAGCGCACAUUUUUGGGAAAUGUAGUUUUGCACUACUGGUUCAGUGAAUUGGCUAUAAAUGGAUGCUUAUCAUCCUAGCUCAGUUAAUAGCAAAUAUGUAACAAAUAACAUGAUAUAAUGUUUAGUAUGUGCCACCAGAUGGAGACAGUGAUCAUUGGAGCUCAUGGAACAGUCCAUCACAAUACUUUGGCAGGCGUGGUGCCUUGCUUGUAAAACAGAGCCGAUGUCAUCAAGCAGGAUGUUGGAAAAACCCAGCCAGAGAGAACGAGAGGCGCUACCCUACAUAGCGGGGAGAAACCUCAACAAGUAAACAAACAAUAUUUGAAGACCAAGAACUGCAUGGGAUCGACAAUAAAUCAAGACAGCUCCAGGCAGUUAAUUCAAAGUACACUAUAUAUACACAAGUAUGUGGAAAGCCCUUCAAAUUAGUGGAUUCGGCUAUUUCAGCCACACCCGUUGCUGACAGGUGUAUAAAAUCGAGUACACAGCCAUGCAAUCUCCAUAGACAAACCUUGGCAGUAGAAUGGCUUUACUGAAGAGCUCAGUGACUUUCAACAUGUCAGUUCGUCAAAUUUCUGCCCUGCUAGAGCUGCCCCGGUCAACUGUAAGUGCUGUUAUUGUGAAGUGGAAACGUCUAGGAGCAACAAUGGCUCGCCGCUAAGUGGUAGGCCACACAAGCUCACAGAACGGGACCGCCAAGUGCUGAUGCCCGUGGCGCAUAAAAAUAGUCUGUCCUCGGUUGCAACACUCACUACGAAGUUCCAAACUGCCUCUGGAAGCAACGUCAGCACAAGAACUGUUAGUCGGGAGCUUCAUAAAAUGGGUUUCCAUGGCCGAGCAGCCGCACACAAGCCUAAGAUCACCAUGUGCAAUGCCAAGUGUCGGCUGUAGUGAUGUAAAGCUCACCACCAUUGGACUCUGGAGCAGUGAAAUGCGUUCCCUGGAGUGAUGAAUCACGCUUCACCAUCUGGCAGUCCGACGGAUGAAUCUGGGUUUGGGGGAUGCCGGGAGAACGCUACCUGCCCCAAUGCAUAGUGCCAACUGUAAAGUUUGGUGGAGGAGGAAUAAUGUUCUGGGGCUGUAUUUCAUGGUUCGGGCUAGACCCCUUAGUUCCAGUGAAGAGAAAUCUUAACGCUACAGCAUACAAUGAUAUUCUAGAUGAUUCUGUGCUUCCAACUUUGUGGCAACAGUUUGGGGAACGCCCUUUCCUGUUUCAGCAUGACAAUGCCCCAUGCACAAAGCGAGGUCCAUACAGAAAUGGUUUGUCGAGAUCGGUGUGGAAGAACUUGAAUAGCAUGCACAGAGCCCUGACCUCAACCACAUUGAACAUCGUUGGGAUGAAUUGGAAUGCAAACUGCGAGCCAGGUCUAAUCCCCCAACAUCAGUGCCCAACCUCACGAAUCCACUUGUGGCUGAAUGGAAGCAAGUCCCCACAGCAAUGUUCCAACGUCUAGUGGAAAGCCUUCCCAGAAGAGUGGAGACUGUUAUAGCAGCAAAGAGGGGACCAACUCCAUAUUCCACAUACUUUUAGUCAUGUAGUGUACAUGGUAAGUUCACCGUUUAGGUAGUUUGCGAGUUAGAUCACUAAUGGGAUCGCUGGACAUCUGUCGCUAGCAAGCGCAUGAUCAAUCACCUUUCCACAACUAGAUAGCUAACAGUAGCUAGCCAGUCCACAGAUACAGAUGGGCCAUACUUGAGUCAUCAUGGGUAACUGCAUACAUGGAGUGUCUAAAUGUGGGCGUGGCGAAAGAAGAGGGUGGAUAGACAGAAGUGGGUGUACGGAAAGCGUAUCAACUAAUUGGGCAGAUUUGUUGCCACAAGACCGGUUCACUCAAUACCGUUUUGCAUGGCUGACUGGGCAGCACGACGAGUCGAUUGUUGACUGUAGCAUUUUAGCUAAGCCUAACCCUUUUCCUAAACUUAAGCUCAUUAUCCUAACCUGCCACAUUAAUUAUCCUAACCUGCUGUGUUAGUUAUCCUAACCUGCUACGUUAAUUCUCCUACAUUAGUUCUCUUAACCUGCUAUGCAUUCGCGGUGCACUGGGCUAUGGCCAGUCUAACCAAAUAACAGAGCGCUGAUGUUACACCCAUUGCUGUUGAUCCACCCACUUCUUUUGCAAUGCCCACUUUCAGACACACUCCAAGUUGCCUAUGCAGUUACCCAUACUAGUCAUACUUCCAAACAUUAGUUUAAAAGUUAGAAUUUUACCUGGACCACCUCCGCAAAAUGCGCAUCAGUCAAUUAAAAUCUUCAAUUUACUUGCAGGAGAUGGAACGCUACAUUGUAGCUGGUCCCAUCCCAUCAAAUAAACUGGCACACGUAACAGCGUCAGCAUGCUUCAGUUCGGCUGGCACCUAGCCGAACCAAACAAGUGUGCUUGCAUAAUACUCCCUUAAAAAAUCUUCGCUUGAAAAAAGUGGCAAUAGUACUAUUUGUCCAUUUUGAGAUGCCUUAGCCAGUAUGCACUUCCUUAAAAUAGUCAGAAUGAAUCUAUAUAGAUAACUCAAGAAAUGUGUCAUUAAAGUAGCAAUAUGUCACUUUUUGGGCGACCCGACCAAAUUCACAUCGAAAUGUGAGUUAUAGAUACAUCAUUCUACUUGAAAGCAAGUCUAAGAAGCGGUAGUUCUGUUCUGUGUGCGCUAUUUCUAUGCUUCCCGUUCUUAAGUUUUGUUUUUGCUUCUUUUACUUUCGGUUUUGUACACUAGCUUCAAACAGCUGAAACAACAAUAUUUUUGGUUAUGGAAAAUAUAAUUCACAGCGGUUUAAUUAAUUAAUUAAUUAUUUUUCUACACUAUACUAGCUUAGUUUUUCACCUAAACUGAAAUUAGGCAAACUAUUAGUUUUAGCAACCAGGAAAUGGCAGAGCGAUUCCUGCAUAGUGCAACUUUAAUGUUGACGUUUGUCACGCCCUGGCUCUGGGACUCUGUUAUGUUGAGCCAGGGUGUGUAGUUUCUAUGUGUUUGUGUUCUAGGUUCUUUAUCUAGCUCAUGUGUUUCUGUGUUGGCCGGGGUGGUUCUCAAUCAGAGGCAACGAGUGUCAGCUGUUGCUUGUUGUCUCUGAUUGGGAACCAUACUUAGGCAGCCUGUUUUCCACAGUGUUUUGUGGGAUCUUGUUCCGUGUUGGUUUUGUGUUGUAAACCAAGGACUUCACGUAUCGUUUUGUUCGUGUGGGUGAAUAUAAAUAAAAGUAUGUUCGCAUAUCACGCUGCGCCUUGGUCCACUGUGUUUGACGAACGUGACAACGUUUUUGUAGAGGAGAUCUUUUUUACUUUUCUUUUUCUUUUCUUUUUCUUUUUUUGGGGUAGAUCAGCUUAAUAUUGCAGAUAUAUUGUAACUUCCAUCAAUGUAAUUGUCUGCAUCACUUCCAAUCCCCCAUGUUUUUUAUAUAGUCCCGUGUAGCGCAGUUGGUAGAGCAUGGCGUUUGCAACGCCAUGUUUGUGGGUUCGAUUCCCAUGGGGGGCCAGUAUAAAAAAAAAUGUAUGCACUCACUAACUGUAAGUUGCUCUGGAUAAGAGCGUCUGCUAAAUGACGGAAAUGUUUAUAUACGUACAUACAUAUCCUAUAAAAAAUAUAUAUUCCCCUUUAUUACUUUCCAACCCCACCACCCUUUCCCUAAUUGGAGUAAACUAGUGAACAACAAUGCUUAGGCCUCUACUUCCAGUUUAUACUUACUAUAUACAUUUUAUGGACACAGUCAAUUUUACAAUAAUUAUAUUUUGUUUGUUUUUUCUCCUGAACUUCUUCUACUCUCAACCUCUCCGAUCAUUUUCAUGAUGUCCAUCCGGUUUGCUUCUAUAUGCCAUAUCUUUCUAACUGUGCUCUUUCACAAGAGCUCCCAACCUACACUAUAUACUUAUUAUGGACACAGUAUGCUUACAUUAAUAGUUAUCUUGUUAUUAGUUGUUGUUAGUUGUUAUUAGUCCCAUCCUUCAACUCCAUUCACCACCCCCCAUCUAUCUCUUAACACCAUCCAUAUAGGAAUUCUAUUUGCCAUAUAUUUUUCAACUGUACUGUGAUGUUUUACAAAAGUUCUGAACCUUUCUAUUCUCAUUGUUUCUACAGAUUGUAAAUUGAAAAUAAACAUUUUUGCUAAAAGUAUUAUUAUAUUAUUGAUCGAUUGACUAUGACUUUUCAGAUCACCCAGUAAUGUUAUCUGCAAGGUUAGCUCCAGGUAAAUAUUGCAAUCCUUUAGCCAUUCCUGGACCUGUGUCCAAAAACCAGCUACAAAUGGACAGUACCAAAACAAAUGAUCUAAUGAUUCUGUUUCUUCGCAGCAAAAUCUGCAGAGCUGGGAAGAUUGUAUCCCCCAUAUAAAUAACAUUCUAUUGGUAGCAAUAAUUGUUUAUAACAAUUUAAAUUGAAAGAUUCUAAGUUUUGAAUCCGGUGUCGUUUUGCGUAUCAGUUCAUAAACACUAUGCCAUGGGAUUGAUACGUCAAAAAUCUCUUCCCAACUAUUUUGCAAUCUAUAUGGGACGGCUGUCAAUCCUUUGGUCCUUAAAUUAAACUGGUAUACUUUUUUAUUUAUCACAGUUUUCUUUAACCAAUUACGUUCUUUAAUGCAAGGCCGACAUACAAGUUCCUUACUUUCUCCCCCUUCCACUUUCCUCUUCCAUUUUUGCGGUAAGGCUGCAAUUAUUUGAUUGUAAUUUUGGGUAGAGCAGAUAAUUCCAUAUGUUUUUGUUAGCUGCAUGUGCGACAUAACUCCACCAGUCCUACCAAUGAUAUCAUUUACGAAGAUUAUACCCUUUUUAAACAUUCUAUCAAAAAAAAUAGUUUUUUGUCAAUUAGUAUAUUAGAGUUUAACCACAAUAUUUGUUGCAUUAUUUGUUCUGUCGUUUCUGGAGGAUUAAAUUGAAAUUGCAACCAACUUUCUAUGGCUUGUUUUAGAAAUAGUGAUAUUUGGGAGAUUAUUUCCUUUUCAAAUAACUGAAAGUAAGAGGUUGUAAUCUGAACAUUGGGUGAGACAAUCUUACUAAUUUGCUAGAGAACCAGUUCGGAUUUAAGUAUAACUUUUGUAUGACUGAAGCUUUUAAUGAUAGGUCUAAUGCUUUAAUAUUUAAUAAUUUCUGUACUCCGAAUUCAUAUUCAUUAUAUAAAUAGGCCCGUUGAAUUUCGUUUGGCUUGCCGUUCCAAAUAAAAUUGAUUUUUUUUUUCUCAUAUAAUUUAAAAAACUGUUCGCUAGGCGUAGGCAAGACCAUAAGCAAUAGGUAAACUGGGAUAAUACUAAAGAGUUAAUCAGGGUGAUUUUUCCACAAACUGACAGGUAUUUACCUUUCCAUGGUAGGAAGAUCUUAUCUAUUUUUGCUAACUUUCUAUUAAAAUGUAUUGGAGUGAGAUCAUUUAUUUCCUUUGGGAUAUGUAUUCAGAGUAUAUCCACAUCACCAUCAGACCAUUUUAUUGGUAAACUACAUGGUAAUGUAAAAAUUGUAUUUUUUAGUGAUCCAAUACAUAAUAUAGUACAUUUGUCAUAAUUUGGAUGUAAUCCAGAGAGGUUAGAAAAUGUAUCUAGAUCCUCUAUGAGGCUGUGGAGGGAUUCUAGUUGUGGAUUUAAAAGAAAACAUGAAUCAUCAGCGUACAAUGACACCUUUGUUUUUAAGCCCUGGAUUUCUAAUCCCUUGAUAUUAUUGUUGGAUCUGAUUUUAAUAGCUAACAUCUCGAUGGCCAUAAUAAAUAGAUAUGCCGAUAGUGGACAACCUUGUUUCACUCCUCUUGACAGUUUAAGACUUUCUGAGAAAUAGCCAUUAUUUACUAUUUUACACCUAGGGUUACUAUACAUGAUUUUGACCCAUUUUAUAAGAGAUUCUCCAAAUUUGAAAUGCUCCAGGCAUUUAUAUAUAAACCCCAGUCGUACUUUAUCAAAUGCCUUUUCGAAGUCUGCUAUGAAUAGCAGGCCUGUUUUCCCAGAUUUUCCAUAGUGUUCUAUUGUUUCCAGUACUUGCAUUAUGUGAUCUCCAAUGUAUCUUCCAUGUAAAAAACCUGUCUGAUUAGAAUGAAUAAUGUCCGACAAUAUCUUUUAAAUUCUAUGCGCUAUACAUUUUGCUAGAAUUUUUGCAUCACAACACUGAAGUGUAAGGGGCCUCCAAUUUUUUUAAUGGAGUGGAUGUUUAUAUUUUCCACUUAUAUCCUGUUUCAGUAAUAAUGAAAUCAGACCUUCUUCUUGAGUGUCUGAUAAUCAACCAUUUACAUAGGAGUGGUUAAAACAUGCUAACAACGGUCCUCUUAGUAUAUCAAAACAGGUUUGGUAUACCUCGACUGGUAUGCCAUCCAACCCUGGAGUUUUCCCGGACUUAAAGUCUUUAAUUGCAUCCAGAAGUUCCUCCUCUGUAAUUUCACUUUCACAUGAGUCUUUCUGUAUGGCUGUUAAUUUUACGUUAUCAAUAGAAAAAAAUCUCUACAAUUAGCUUUAGUUAGAGGAGAUAGAGGCGACUGAAACGAAAACAUAUGCUUAAAGUACUUUGUUUCCUCCUUCAAAAUAUAAUUUGGUGAAUCAUGGGUGACUCCAUCAAUUGUAACCAGUUUCAUUAAAAUAUUUUUGAUAGCAUUCCUAUGUUGAAGAUUAAAAAAGAAUUUGGUGCAUUUUUCCCCAUAUUCCAUCCAGUUUGCUUUAUUUUUUAUAAUAUAUUACACUUGAUAUUUCUUGAAUAAAUUUCUACAUUUCUUUUAGUUUUUCCUCUAAUUUAUUCUGAGCCUCUAUGUUCCAGUUUUUAUUGCCAUGUAUCUGUUCUGUUAGACCUUCUAUUUCCUUUGUUAGUAUAAACUCUUUUGACCUAAAUUGCUUUUGUUUUCGAGAUGAGUACUGAAUUGCAUGGCCUCUAAAGGCACAUUUAAAGGCGUCCCAUACAAUAAGGGGAUUUGCUGUACCUAUGUUAUGUCAGAAAAAAUCUGUUAUAAAUUCCUUUGUCCUAGUUUAAAAUAAAGUAUCAUCCAAUAGGCUUUGAUUACAUUUCCAAUACCCUCGCCCACGUGGAAAUUCAGUAAGAGUAAUGUAUAUGCCAAUUAUAUGAUGGUCCGACCGCAUUCUGUCCCCUAUCAACACUUUUUUAACUUUUGGUGCCAACGAAAAUGACAUAAGAAAGAAGUCAAGACGACUAGCUUGAUUGAGUCUCCGCCAUGUAUAUCUCACUAGAUCAGGAUAUUUAAGCCUCCAUAUAUCUACUAGUUCUAAUGUAUCCUUGACAUUAACGAUUUCCUUAAGAGCAUGAGAGUGAUCUUACUUAUUUCACCAUACACCAUAAUGAGAUACAAGUUUCAAGUCUAUUUAUCAUUAUAUAUGUUUGUAAAUUUACCAAUAAAAAAUACCGUAAUGAUUGAGUGUCCAUAUAGCUGUACCAUGAUAUUUGCAUUGCUACUAACUAAGUAACCCUCCAAUUGUUCUCCACUAAUUCCCCCGCUAAAGCCCCUCCCCAUCCCAAGUUGAGCCAUCAUCCCAGUGAUCGGCAUCCCACCCCCGUCCCUCCAGAUCCCUAGGGCCCCGACAGACCAGGACCCAUCCAUCGAAAAUAGCACACAGUGCCAUCCUAAAAAAGCAGGUUAACCGCCAAAAGCAUUUCCAAUGCUGUCACCUCAAUAUAUAUAUAUAUAUAUUAAAUAUAACUAUUUAAAAAUAUAUAUCUAUUCAAAUAUGCAGAGGAGAUCUUAGUCGAGCAAUUUUGCAUCUGACUAGGAUGUUUGGUGCAGUAUUUCUCAAGUGAAAAAAUGUGCACGAUAUGACGAGUCGUCUCUCGUUAAAUGACAACAGGCACUAUAUUGAAGAAUCCCUACUGUUGCCCGAACAGCCAAUAAAAACCUUGCAGAAGUCCAAAAUGAACAAAAUCGGCACAAAAUGUUGUCAUAAUAUGCACAAACUGUUCUGAACUGUUUUGGCUGGGAAGUAUGCAGAGGCCUUUAGCCUUAUGCUAUCCUCACCAGGGGGCAGUGAUUAUUUCCUGUAACAAAUUCUGCAUCAGCCUAUCAAAGAUCUUCAACUUUUUCUCCACAAACCAAUUGCACUUGGCACUUUUAAAUAGGUAAACUCAGCCACCAGAGGGAUAUAUUUAAACCUCCAAAUUCAAGGUUAACUUUUGUUCCCCUUUCCUUGGUCUGUCUCAAUAUUGCAUGAUCAUUGCAUCCUUUACUAGGCUACUUACUAACGUUUGACAAAGCUUGUUUUCGCCUAUCCAUUUCACACACAUUCAUGUGCUUUCACAGCAAUAAAGAUGUAGGAGGAUUAUACAACAUGUAAGUUAAUAUUUUUUUUAAAAUCAAGUUGCAGACGCUCGUGGUCUUGUAAAAUACCUGUAAUUGACCGCUUACUGCUAUCACUAAUUGGUUCCAAGAUGCACUAAGGCGGUAAGGCCAGACACGACGAGGUACAAGUUCAAAUUCCCCACAGGGCAAGGUCUUUAUUUGAGGGAAUAAAUGCUCCACUGUUGGUCCUCGAGUCAAAUAACGCAUAUGUGACAAAGUAGAUGUUUAUAAAAAUGUAUAUAAAACGUUGUAGAUGUAAGAGUAGGCCUAUACGUCAGGGUUCCCCAACUGGUGUCCCGCGGGCCAAAUUUGGUCUGCGGGUGGUUAUAUUUGGCCCCCCAAGUUUUCUGAGCCAAAAGAAAAUACAAAUAUUGUUGGACAUAAAAGACUGUAAAAACACCAUGAAAUCAGCUCCAAGUGAUUUUAAUUUGCAGGUAGCUUAGUGGUUAAGAGCGUUGUGCCAGUAUCCGAAAGGUCGCUGGUUCUAAUCCCCGAGCUGACUAGGUGAAAAAUCUGUCGAUGUGCCCUUGAGCAAGGCACUUAACCCUAAUUGCUCCUGUAAGUUGCUCUGGAUAAGAGCGUCUGCUAAAUGACUAAAAUGUAAAUGUAUUCCCACCCAUAAUAGAGAGACACGUGAAUGAUACAUACAGUGCCUUGCAAAAGUAUUCAUCCCACGUGGUGUUUUUCCUAUUUUGUUGCAUUACAACCUGGAAUUUAAAUGGAUUUUUAUUUGGAUUUCAUGUAAUGGACAUACACAAAAUAGUCCAAAUUGGUGAAGUGAAAUUAUUUUAUUUAUUUUAUUUUUUAUAAAUAACGGAAAAGUGCUGCGUGCAUAUGUAUUCACCACCUUUGCUAUGAAGCCCCUAAAUAAGAUCUGGUGUAACCAAUUACCUUCAGAAGUCACAUAAUUAGUUAAAUAAAGUCCACCUGUGUGCAAUCUAAGUGUCACAUGAUCUCAGUAUAUAAACACCUGUUCUGAAAUGCCCCAGAGUCUGAAACACCACUAAGCAAGGGGCACCACCAAGCAAGCGGCACCAUGAAGACCAAGGAACUCCCAAACAGGUCAGGGACAAAGUUGUGGAGAAGUACAGAUCAGAAAAUAUCAGAAACGUUGAACAUCCCACGGAGCACCAUUAAAUCCAUUAUUAAAAAAUGGAAAGAAUAUGGCACCACAACAAACCUGCCAAGAGAGGGCCGCCCACCAAAACUCACGGACCAGGCAACGAGGGCAUUAUUCAGAGGCAACAAAGAGACCAAAGAUAACCCUGAAGGAGCUGCAAAGUUCCACAGCGGAGAUUGGAUUAUCUGUCCAUACGACCACUUUAAGCCGUACACUCCACAGAGCUGGGCUUUACGGAAGAGUGGCCAGAAAAAAGCCAUUGAUUAAAGAAAAAAAUAAGCAAACAUUUGGUGUUCGCCAAAAGGCAUUUGGGAGACUCCCCACACAUAUGGAAGAAGGUACUCUGGUCAGGUGAGACUAAAAUUGAGCUUUUUGGAAAUCAAGGAAAACACUAUGUCUGGCGCAAACCCAACACCUCUCAUCACCCCGAGCACACCAUCCCCACAGUGAAGCAUGGUGGUGGCAGCAUCAUGCUGUGGGGAUUUUUUCAUCGACAGGGACUGGGAAACUGGUCAGAAUUGAAGGAAUGAUGGAUGGUGCUAAAUACAGGGAAAUCCUUGAGGGAAACCUGUUUCCGUCUUCCAGAGAUUUGAGACUGGGACGGAGGUUCACCUUCCAGCAGGACAAUGACCCUAAGCAUACUGCUAAAGCAACACUCAAGUGGUUUAAGGGGAAACAUUGAAACGUCUUGGAAUGGCCUAGUCAAAGCCCAGACCUAAAUUCAAUUGAGAAUCUGUGGUAUGACUUAAAGAUUGCUGUACACCAGCAGAACCCAUCCAACUUGAAGGAGCUAGAGCAGUUUUGGCUUGAAGAAUGGGCAAAAAUCCCAGUGGCUAGAUGUGCCAAGCUUAUAGAGACAUACCCCAAGAGACUUGCAGCUGUAAUUGCUGCAAAAGGUGUCUCUACAAAGUAUUGACUUUGGGGGGGGGGUGGGGGUGAAUAGUUAUGCACGCUCAAGUUUUCUGUUUUUUUGUAUUAUUUCUUGUUUUGCAUCUUCAAAGUGGUAGGCAUGUUGUGUAAAUCAAAUGAUACAAACCCCCAAAAAAAUCAAUUUUAAUUCCAGGUUGUAAGGCAACAAAAUAGGAAAAAUGCUAAGGGGGGUAAAUACUUUUGCAAGCCACUGUAUGUAAGCAAUGUUUGAAAUGAUUAUGUUUUAGUCAAACUACUGUAUAUCUGUUUGGGCUUCUUGCAGUCAAUUUGCAGUCUACAAAUUAUUUGUAUUACAGUGAGGGGAAAAAAGUAUUUGAUCCCCUGCUGAUUUUGUACGUUUGCCCACUGACAAAGACAUGAUUCGAAUCCAGGCUCUGUCGUAGCCGGCCGUGACCGGGAGACCCAUGGUGUGGCGCACAAUUGGCCCAGCGUCAUCCAGGGAAGGGGAGGGAAUCGGCAGGGAUGUAGCUCAGUUGGUAGCGCAUGGCGUUUGCAACGCCAGGAUUGUGGGUUCGAUUCCCACGGGGGGCCAGUAUGAAAAAUAAUGUAUACACUCACUAACUGUAAGUCGCUCUGGAUAAGAGCGUCUGCUAAAUGAAUUUAAAAAAUUAAAUAAAAGAUCAGUCUAUAAUUUUAAUGGUAGGUUUAUUUGAACAGUGAGAGAGUAACAACAACAAAAUCCAGAGAAAUGCAUGUCAAAAAUGUUAUAAAUUGAUUUUUGCAUUUUAAUGAGGGAAAUAAGUAUUUGACCCCUCUGCAAAACAUGACAUAGUACUUGGUGGCAAAACCCUUGUUGGCAAUCACAGAGGUCAGACGUUUCUUAUAGUUGGCCACCAGGUUUGCACACAUCUCAUGAGGGAUUUUGUCCCACUCCUCUUUGCAGAUCUUCUCCAAGUCAUUAAGGUUUUGAGGAUGAAGUUUGGCAACUCCACAGAUUUUCUAUGGGAUUAAGGUCUGGAGACUGGCUAGGCCACUCCAGGACCUUAAAGUGCUUCUUCUUGAGCCACUCCUUUGUUGCCUUGGCCGUGUGUUUUGGGUCAUUGUCAUGCUGGAAUAUCCAUCCACGACCCAUUUUCAAUGCCCUGGCUGAGGGAAGGAGGUUCUCACCUAAGAUUUGACGGUACAUGGCAUCCCCAUCGUCCCUUUGAUGCGGUGAAGUUGUCCUGUCCCCUUAGCAGAAAACAACCCCAAAGGAUAAUGUUUCCACCUCCAUGUUGGACGGUGGGGAUGUUGUUCUUGGGGUCAUAGGCAGCAUUCCUCCUCCUGCAAACACGGCGAGUUGAGUUGAUGCCAAAGAGCUCGAUUUUGGUCUCAUCUGACCACAACACUUCCACCCAGUUCUCCUUUGAAUCAUUCAGAUGUUCAUUGGCAAACUUCAGACGGGGCUGUAUCUGUGCUUUCUUGAGCAGGGGGACCUUGUGGGUGCUGCAGGAUUUCAGUCCUUCACGGCGUAGUGUGUUACCAAUUGUUUUCUUGGUGACUAUGGUCCCAGCUGCCUUGAGAUCAUUGACAAGAUCCUCCCGUAGUUCUGGGCUGAUUCCUCACCGUUCUCAUGAUCAUUGCAACUCCACGAGGUGAGAUCUUGCCCCAGGCCGAGGGAGAUUGACAGUUCUUCUGUGUUUCUUUCAUUUGCAAAUAAUCGCACCAACUGUUGUCACUUUCUCACCAAGCUGCUUGGCGAUGGUCUUGUAGCCCAUUCAAGCCUUGUGUAGGUCUACAAUCUUGUCCCUGACAUCCUUGGAGAGCUCUUUGGUUUUGGCCAUGGUGGAGAGUUUGGAAUCUGAUUGAUUGAUUGCUUCUGUGGACAGGUGUCUUUUAUACAGGUAACAAACUGAGAUUAGGAGUACUCCCUUUAAGAGUGUGCUCCUAAUCUCAGCUCCUUACCUGUAUAAAAGACACCUGGGAGCCAGAAAUCUUUCUGAUUGAGAGGGGGUCAAACACUUAUUUCCCUAAUUAAAAUGCAAAUCAAUUUAUAACAUUUUUCACAUGCGUUUUUCUGGAUUUUGUUGUUGUUAUACUGUCUCUCACUGUUCAAAUAAACCUACCAUUAAAAUUAUAGACUGAUCAUUUCUUUGUCAGUGGGCAAAUGUACAAAAUCAGCAGGGGAUCAAAUACUUUUUUCCCUCACUGUAUGUUCCGGCCCCCCGACCAUCUGUUCCAGAAAAAAUCGGCCCGCAGCUGAAUCUAGUUGAUGAUCCCUGGUCUAUGUGAUAUAGCCUAUAGUAGCGACAAUUAUUUAUGUAACAGUGCCAGUAGCCUAUAUGCCUAGUGAUGCACACUCACUCACACAAAACACACACAAGUUAUCACACACACACACCUCAUACUCACAAACACACGCACACACACUCACACAUGCACACACACACACACACACAUAUACACACACACAGCCAACGCUGCUGUCCCAUGUUAUAGAGACGUUAAACCACUGGACACUUCCCGUUUCACACUGUGUAUUUAAAUACUAUAUUCUCGACAUAGCUCAUUCUACCAUUUCUACUACUGUAUGCAAGAAAAUGCAAAAUCCAGUAUUUAAAUAAAUAUGCGGUGUGUUUAAAUUGCAUUUUAGUUACACUGUUUGACACACACCGCAUGUUUAAUUAUAUACUGGAUUCUUGACAUAGCUCACUCUAACAUAUAUUUAUUUCUGUGCAAAUCAUUCUUAGUAUAUCUUAUGUAAAUUCAUCUGGUGUACAUACGUAUUGAUUGCAUUUGGAUUACUGUUACAGUGCUAUUUGAGUUGUUGAUAAUUUUUUGUAUAUUUCAAUUUUUUAUUAUUUGUUUAACAUUUUACUGCAUUGUUUGGAGCUGGUACCAUAAGCCUUAUGCUGCACCCGCUAUAAGAUCUGCUAAACUGUGUAUGCGAGCAAUAAACUUUGAUUUGAUGCGUCGGUCUGCAGGACAAAAUUUGCCUGGUUAUGUAAUUGAUCACGUGCAACUACGUCAACGAUUUUAAUUGGCUGUUGCUUAUUAAACUUGAACUAAAACUUAAACUUGUUCUAAUGUUCGCAACUCUGGCCCUGGAGUGGCAACCCUCAUAUACAGUCUAUGGGUUAACCAGCCAAGUUUGACCAGCCAAGUUUGGUGUGAUUUCUAUUUUUUGCUGCUUAUCAGGAUGACAAUAGGUUGUCAUUUGUCACCCGCUGACGUGACAUUAAUAUUUACGAUUCUGACAUUUAUUUCAUUAUACGUAAAUAAAAAAGACAAUAUCCAAAUGUAAAUGUUUAGCUAUUAUUAAUAUCAUGAAUUUGGCGUACUAUUUAUAGGGCUAGGUGCAAGCUGCCAAGUAAUAGGGUAUUAGAAGUACUGACUCCUUUAUUAAGGAAAUGUGUUACAGGAGGGGGUCGCAGUUCCGGAGCGAUCCACUAGGUGUCUUCCUCCGAUAACCUUGGGCACCUCCUCACUCACAGUCUGGACUAAUCAUGAUCCUAUUGGUGUCACCUGUGUCUACCGGUUAACCUGUGUAUUUAUGCCCUCACUUCCAUGUGUUCCCUUGCUCAGUUUUCUCUGCUAGUUUCUCUAUGCUCAGCAGUACUAAUCAGUGUCUGAUCGGAGAAGUAUGUACAGGUACUCAAAAAGUGUUCUUCCUGUUUCUUUAUUAUGUCAGUCGUAGUUACUAUUUCGUAUUUUGGCUGUCAGCCUGUUUUUGGAGACUUAUUUGCUCCACCUUUAUUUUAUCAUGUUAAGUCUGUUAUUUUGUGUCCUGGCUUCGGGACCACCAGUAAAGAUCCUUGUUUCACCAUCUCUGCCUACUGCCUACUAGUAGUCUAUCCUGCACCGCACCUUGGUCACACCUCUCACCAACCCUUACAGAAAUGCUCUAGCUAUCUAACUAAUGUUAGCUAUAUGCUUCUGAGUAUGACUAGCUAGCUAUCAUGAUUGGUUAUAUUGUGUUUGGUCUGAAAGGCAAAAAAAAAUACAUUGCUUUUUGAAGGAAGCCUGCAAAUUGUUGCACAGUUUAAACUAAACUAAGAUAUAGUUUUGUCAAUCAAAAUCAUACCCAGCAAAUUACCAGUGUUACCUAGUGUUGAUUUUUCAGUGUAACAUUUCUAGUGUUGAUUCGGGUGUUAAAUCAUCUCUUUAAGUGUUACAUUAACACUCAUUGGUGUAAAAGAACCCCAGUGUUGGUGUAAAAGAACCCCAGUGUUGGUGUUAAAAACUAGAGUUGAGUUUGAGAAUGUGAUUGUGUCAGUUUUACUCUGUGGAGAGUAAAACCUUCCCAUCAAAACCACGCCCAUCAUUAUGAUAUUUCUCAGCCUGCUCUACUGCAGUGAGAUUUUUAGGGGUUCAAGUGAAGCCGGGAAACCUAUUGUUAUUCUCAGAAAUAUUUUCCUUGACAUGGUCAAAAAACUAAACCAUAGAUUGGUAACUUUUUUUCUAAACUGAACUAAAAUAUAAACGCAACAUGUGUUGGCCCCAUGUUUCAUGAGCUGAAAUAAAAGAUCCCCAAAAUGUUCCAUACGCACAAAACGCAUAUUUCUCUCAAAUUUUGUGCACAAAUUUGUUUACAUCCCUUUUUAGUGAGCAUUUCUCCUUUGCCAAGAUAAACCAUCCACCUGACAGGUGUGGCAUAUCAAGAAGCUGAUUAAACAGCAUGAUCAUUACACAGGUGCACCUUGUGCUGGGGACAAUAAAAGGCCACUCUAAAAUGUGCAGUUUUGUCACAACACAAUGCCACAGAUGUCUCAAGUUUUCAGGGAAUUGAAUGUUAAUUUCUCUACCAUAAGCCGCCUCCAACGUCAUUUUAGAGAAUUUGGCAGUACGUCCAACCAGCCUCACAACCGCAGACCAUGUGUAACCACGCCAGCCCAGGACCUCCACAUGCGGGAUCAUCUGAGACCAGCCACAUGGUCAGCUGAUGAAACUGUGGGUUUGCACUACCAAAUAAUUUCUGCACAAACUGUCAGAAACCAUCUCAGAGAAGCUCAUCUGAGUGCUUGUCGUCCUCACCAGGGUCUUGACCUGACAGCAGUUCGGCGUCGUAACUGACUUCAGUGGGCAAAUACGCACCUUCGAUGGCCACUUGCACGCUGGAGAAGUGUGCUCUUCACAGAUGAAUCCCAGUUUCAACUGCACCAGAUGUCAGACAGCGUGUAUGGCGUUGUGUGGGCAAGUGGUUUGCUGAUGUCAAUUUUGUGAACAGAGUGCCCCAUGGUGGCGGUUGGGUUAUGGUAUGGGCAGGCUUAAGCUACGGACAACAAACACAAUUGCAUUUUAUCUAUGGCAAUUUGAAUGCACAGAGAUACUGUUAUGAGAUCCUGAGGCCCAUUGUCGUGCCAUUCAUCCGCCGCCAUUACCUCAUGUUUCAGCAUGAUAAUACACCAUGUUGCAUGGAUCAGUACACAAUUCCUGGAAGCUGAAAAUAUCCCACUUCUUCCAUGGCCUGCAUACAUGUCACCCAUUGAGCACCAGACAUGUCACCCAUUGAACAUGUUUGGGAUGCUCUGGAUCGACGUGUACGACAGCGUGUUCCAGUUCCUGCCAAUAUCCAGCAACUUCUCACAGCCAUUGAAGAGGAGUGGGACAACAUUCCACAGGUCACAAACAACAGCCUGAUCAACUCCAUGCAAAGUAGAUGUGUGCUGCAUGAGGCAAAUGGUGGUCAAACCAGAUACUGACUGGUUUUCUGAUCCACACCCAACCUUCUUUUUAAGGUGUCUGUGACCAACAGAUGCAUAUCUGUAUUCCCAGUCAUCUGAAAUCCAUAGAUUAGGGCCGAAUGUAUGUAUUUAAAUUGACUGAUUUCCUUAUAUGAACUGUAACUCUGUAAACUCUUUUAAAUUGUUGCAUGUUGCGUUUAUAUGUGGUCCUCUGUAGCUCAGCUGGUAGAGCACGGCGCUUGUAACGCCAAGGUAGUGGGUUCGAUCCCCGGGACCAGCCAUACACAAAAAAAUAAUAAUGCAUGCAUGCAUGACUGUAAGUCGCUUUGGAUAAAAGCGUCUGCUAAAUGGCAUAUUAUAUUAUAUAUUUUUGUUCAGUGUAUUUUCAUAUUUUCCUCAGUGCACAAAUAGGCCUACAUAAUUUAGUCAAAGACGGAUACAUGUAUUUAAGUUAAUCCAAUGUCCUCCUGUUGUUGCCUGUAUGUCACGAUCGUCGGAUAUAGAGGACCAAGGCGCAGCGUGGAAGGUGAACAUACUUAUUUAUUAAAUGAUACACGAACAAAACAACAAAUCGAUACGUGACUUCCACAGUUGCAAAACACAAACCAACACGGAACAAGAUCCCACAAACACUGUGGGAAAACCACAUGACUAAAUAUGGUUCCCAAUCAGAGACAACCAGCAACAGCUGAUACUCGUUGCCUCUGAUUGAGAACCACUCUGGCCAACAUAGAUAUACAAAAACUAGACUAGACACAACGAGCACAAUACAUAAACUCUACACACCCUGGCUCAACAAAAAAGAGUCCCUAGAGCCAGGGCGUGACAGUACCCCCCCCCCUAAAGGCGCGGACUGUGACCGCGCCUAAACAUCACCGAACAGGGGAGGGCAUUCCUCCUCGGAGGCGGUUCCGGCUCCGGGCUUGACCACCACCCUCUACUAACCCCCCCGUAGUGCCCCUGGUCUGGUCUAGCCCCACUGGCUGGAGCUGGACUGGACUUCGGUGGAGCGGAUUGCUCAGGCUCCGGUGUGGAGCAGCUGACCGGUACCUGACCAGGCACCGGUGAAACGGGCACGGGCUGGCAAUGCGCACCACAGGUUUGGUGCGGGGAGCAGGAACAGGCCGGACCAGGCUGGCGACGCGCACCAUUGGCUUGGUGCGGGGAGCAGGUACAGGCCGGGCCGGGCUGGCGACGCGCACCACUAGCUUGGUGCGGGGAGCAGGAACAGGCCGGACCGGGCUGGAGAUGCGCACCACAGGUUUGGUGCGGGGAGCAGGAACGGGCCGGGCCGGGCUGGCGACGCGCACCAUUGGCUUGGUGCGGGGAGCAGGAACAGGCCGGGCCGGGCUGGCGACGCGCACCAUAGGCUUGGUGCGAGGGGCAGGAACAGGCCGGGCCGGGCUGGCGACGCGCACCAUAGGCUUGGCGCGAUGGACAGGAACAGGCCGGACCGUACUGGGAACACACACCACUGGCCUUACACGGGGAUCAGGAACGGGCCGGACCGGACUGGCAACACACUUCAGUACCUCUCGCCGUGCCUCUACAUUUUCCUUCCCUCUAUACACCAAUGGCUCCCGUAACCCGGUGGCCUUCUCUCCUCUCCACCAACUCGCCCCUUAUCUGCCUCCAGUGGCCCCGUCGUCCCUGCCAUGUGCCCCCCCCUAAAAAUGUAUUGGGGGUGCCCCUCGCCUGUCCGACGACUGCCCGGUUGGCGCCGCUUCUCCUCUCCUGCCUGGGCACGCUGCUUGGUCCUGUAUUGGUGGGAUCUUCUGUCACGAUCGUCGGAUAUAGAGGACCAAGGCGCAGCGUGGAAGGUGAACAUACUUAUUUAUUAAAUGAUACACGAACAAAUCGAUACGUGACGUCCACAGGUGCAAAACACAAACCAACACGGAACAAGAUCCCACAAACACACCACCUGACUAAAUAUGGUUCCCAAUCAGAGACAACCAGCAACAGCUGAUACUCGUUGCCUCUGAUGGAGAACCACUCUGGCCAACAUAGAUAUACAAAAACUAGACUAGACACGAGCACAAAACAUAAACUCUACACACCCUGGCUCAACUUAAAAGAGUCCCUAGAGCCAGGGCGUGACACUGUAGAGUCAGAGCAGGGGGUCCAGCUGCCCCCUGGCCACCCAAUGCCCCCUGCUGGCCAGCCGGUGGGCUCCAAAUGUGCCUUCCUGGUGGCUGAAAUUGUGCAGAAGAACACCAGCGUGGUGAGGGAGGCCCGCAUCGAGUUGUCAGAGGACAUACAGGACAGGAGCACAGUCCACAUAAGUAAACAUUUGACCGGUCUUUGACCUUUUCCACUCAGUUGUGUAAGCAGAGGUCAUUUAUGUGUGUGUUAGGAGAGCUUGGUAUGGAUAGUCACCUUUCUAGAAAUCCCAGGACAUUUGUCAUACAACAACUAUUCCAGUAUAACUAUUAGUAUAGGAAAAGCUACCUAGGUGAGAUGGAAGUGGUUUUGCCACUGUAGGAGUCUAGUCGAUCACUCUUUUUAACAGUGUUUAUCCCCCUUUAUUGAUACAGAGCUGUCUGAGUCCAAGGUGUAUCCCACUGUGGUGGACCCGAUCAAUAAUGACAGAGCAGACUCAGGCACCCUGAAGAACAUGCUGAAACAGCGCCCCCCUAAGAUCUCUCACUUACUGCGAGACAAUCUGCCCAAAGGUAAGCACCUGCUCACAUGUAUCCUGGUACACUUGUGGCUACAUAUUAUAUUUUUGUGUAACAACUGUUUGGGCAUCCCUGAUUUUAGAAAGACACUGCAUCCAAACUACAGUCACACGACCCAAUGUAUUUAUCUUGCAGCGUCUGCCAACUUCCACUAUGGCAAGUUCUUUAAGAAGAAGAUCGACGCCAGGAAGAAGGAUCACAGCUACCGGGUGUUUUAGACAGUGAACCGGCGCGCCAUGUCCUUCCCCAUGGCAGACAACUACUCCGUGUCACUCCUCAUAAACGACUACCUAGGCAUGAGCCGACACCCCAGCAUGUUCCAGGCCAUCAUGUGUGUGGGGCAGGCAGGUCACAGGAACUGUAGAUGGUUGAUUAAGGAGGAUGAUGGUUUAAGAUGGAUGGAGGUUGACUAGACAGGCAUGCAGUUAUAACACUGUUUUUAUCUUAGAAAUGUGUAGUUCCACUCAUAGUUUUCCAGACAAGACGACAAUCAAUUAUCAAAGGCCUCUCUUCUCCUUCUUCAGGGAUACAUUACAGAAGCACGGUGCGUGAGCAGGAGGAACACGGAACAUCUCAUGGGCCAGUAAGUUCCACGUGGACUUGGAGUACGAGCUGGCUGCUCUUCACUUCCUGCUUUUGUGGCCAAUGACUCUGUUCACUCUGGCUGAUGCUGCCAGGUACUAACUCAAAUGUAGUAGUUUUUCAUAUCCUUCUUCUUCCUGUGUUCUGUAAUAGCUCAUGGACAAAAUGAGCUCUUAAUUAUCUGCUUUAAAAACGCCCUGGUGGACACUGUGCUCUCCUACGCAGAAGGCUUUAUCUUCACCUCGCUGCCCCCCAUGCUGCUGGCCGGGGCCCGGGAGUACAUCCAGACCCUGAAGGGGUAGGAACCAGAGGAACGUCAAGCUGCUGCACCAGAUGCUGAUGUACUCAGGCCACAGUCCACUGCCCCAGCCACAUCAUCCCUGUCAGGGUAAGACUGGUCUGUUAACCGAGAUUCAAACCAUGGAAACUAGAGAAGAAAAUUCUAUCAACAAUGGCUGUUAUAUUUCAUCCCUGAAGAAAGCGUGUUAUGUUAUCACCUGAUGAUUCAUAUUUGACCCCUUAUUGCAGGUGGCGGACGCUGCGAAGGACACAGAGGUUUUGUGACGACAUGAUGUCUCGCUACAACAUCUACGUGUUAGCCAUCAACUACCCCACGGUGGCCCGGGGAGAGGAAGUAGGUAGGUCUGGAGCUGAAGCCUCUCUCGUCAGGGGAGUGUAACUUCUGCCAGCAGCCUCUCCACUUUGAACUGAUGACCGAGAGAGAGAAGUCGUUCUUCUCCGGCAUG